AUGAAAUGGUAUAAAAAUGAGGUGGUGAGAGGCCAAGAGGACUACACAUUGGCUGAUUCAAUGAUGCAGCCUGCAGAGGAAAACGAGAUCCUAGUGAAAGGACAUACGGUCUUGUGGAACAAUCAGAUUUGGCUACCGAGUUGGGAUCAGACGAUAACGGAUCCUGAAGAUUUAAAGAAUACGACAAUCAACAGGAUCAACUACUACGAGGACAUGCUUGGGAAAAACGCUCCAGCCAUGUUCUACUCUUUGGCCUCUAAUAUUGAUCCCGAUGUACCGUUGUUCGUGAACGAGUACAACACGGUAGAGUUUGCUGGAGAAGGAGAUGGGUCAUCUUCAAGUGGUUAA